GCCAGCAGAGCCAGCUGCCAGCCGAGCAGCCCGUCGCUCUGAGGGACCCCACACAGUCCAGGUGCACGGGGACAAGUCUGUCCCUGGUGACGCUGCGGUGAGGCCGGGCCUCCAGGUCACUGCCUGGGGGGACAGUGUGGAGCAGGAGGCCCAGGACCCCCCAUUCACGCACCUUCUCUGCCCCCUUUCAGCCACUCAGGCACUACCAUGUCUUCUCCGGACGAAGGCGGCCGGGACCCCCCCAAACCCAAGGGCAAGACCCUGAGCAGCUUCCUGGGGUCCCUGCCUGGCUUCAGUUCUGCCCGGAACCUGGUGGCCAAUGCCCACAGCUCAGCGAGAGAAGUCUGGCCAACCACCGACCCCGUGGGUGCCCCUGCCGCCCAGGCUCAGGCCACCAACCCAGAGCAGAUGGCGAAGGGCAUGGAGAAGUCACCACAGCCUUCGGAAAAGCAAAUCGUGUCCGGGGCCAAAGACCUGGUGUGCUCCAAGAUGACCAAGACCAAGGACACCAUCUCUUCUGGGGUGGCCAAUGUGGUGGACGUGGCUAAGGGAGUGGUCCAGGGAGGCCUGGACACCACCCGAUCUGCACUCGUGGGCACCAAGGACGCAGUGUCCAGUGGGGUCAUGGGGGCAGUGAACAUGGCCAAAGGGACUGUCCAGACUGGCAUGGAUACCACCAAGACUGUCCUGACCGGCACCAAGGACACCGUCUGCAGUGGGGUGACCGGUGCUGUGAAUGUGGCCAAAGGGGCCGUCCAGGGGGGCCUGGACACCACCAAGUCUGUGGUCACAGGUACGAAAGACACAGUGUCCACUGGGCUCACUGGGGCAGUGAACGUGGCCAAAGGAACCGUCCAAACUGGUGUGGACACCACCAAGACUGUGCUGACAGGUACCAAGGACACCGUCUCCAGUGGGGUGACCAGUGCCAUGAGUGUGGCCAAAGGGGUCAUCCAAGGGGGUCUGGAUACCUCAAAGGCUGUCAUCACCGGUACCAAGGACACAGUGUCCACUGGGGUCAUGGGGGCAGUGAACGUGGCCAAAGGAACCGUCCAGACUGGUAUGGACACCACCAAGACUGUGCUGACUGGCACCAAGGACACCGUCUCUAGUGGAGUGACCAAUGCUAUGAAUGUGGCCAAAGGGGCCGUCCAGGGGGGCCUGGACACCACCAAGUCUGUGGUCACAGGUACGAAAGACACAGUGUCCACUGGGGUCAUGGGGGCAGUGAACAUGGCCAAAGGGACUGUCCAGACCGGCAUGGAUACCACAAAAACUGUCCUGACCGGCACCAAGGACACCAUCUGCAGUGGGGUGACCGGUGCUGUGAAUGUGGCCAAAGGGGCCGUCCAGGGGGGCCUGGACACCACCAAGUCUGUGGUCAUGGGUACAAAAGACACAGUGUCCACUGGGGUCAUGGGGGCAGUGAACGUGGCCAAAGGAACCGUCCAGACUGGUAUGGACACCACCAAGACUGUGCUGACUGGCACCAAGGACACCAUCUGCAGUGGGGUGACCGGUGCUGUGAAUGUGGCCAAAGGGGCCGUCCAGGGCGGCCUGGACACCACCAAGUCUGUGCUCACGGGUACGAAAAACACAGCAUCCACUGGGGUGAUGGGGGCAGUGAACUUGGCCAAAGGAACCAUCCAGACAGGUGUGGACACCACCAAAGCUGUCCUAACUGGUACCAAGGACACCCUCGGCAGCGGGGUGACUGGUGCCAUGAAUGUGGCCAAAGGGGCUGUUCAAGGGGGCCUGGACACCACCAAGACCGUGCUGACCAGCACCAAAGACACAGUGUCCACUGGGCUCACUGGGGCCAUGAACGUAGCCAAAGGCGCUGUACAAACUGGGCUGAACACAACUCAAAAUAUCGCAACAGGUGCAAAGAACACCGUCUGCAGUGGGGUGACUGGUGCCGUGAACGUGGCCAAAGGGACUAUCCAGACUGGCUUAGACACCACCAAGACCGUGCUGACAGGUACCAAGAACACCCUUGGCAGUGGGGUGACUGGUGCCAUGAAUGUGGCCAAAGGAGCCAUCCAGGGGGGCCUGGACACCACCAAGACCGUGCUGACCGGCACCAAAGACACAGUGUCCACUGGGCUCACUGGGGCCGUGAACGUGGCCAAAGGAACCGUCCAAACUGGUGUGGACACCACCAAGACUGUGCUUACAGGUACCAAGGACACUGUCUGCAGUGGGGUGACCGGUGCCAUGAAUGUGGCCAAAGGAACUCUCCAGACUGGCCUGGACACCAGUAAGACCGUGCUGACCAGCACCAAAGACGCAGCGUCCACUGGGCUCACUGGGGCAGUGAACUUGGCCAAAGGGACUGUCCAGACUGGCGUGGACACCACCAAGACCGUGCUGACAGGUACCAAGGACACCGUCUGCAGUGGGGUGACCAGUGCCGUGAAUGUGGCCAAAGGAGCCAUCCAGGGGGGCCUGGACACUACCAAGUCUGUGGUCACGAGCACCAAAGACACAGUGUCCACUGGGGUGAUGGGGUCAGUGAACAUCGCCAAAGGCGCUGUACAAACUGGGCUAAACACGACUCAAAAUAUCGCAACAGGUGCAAAGAACACCGUCUGCAGUGGGGUGACUGGUGCCGUGAACGUGGCUAAAGGGACUAUCCAGGGAGGCCUGGAUACCACCAAGACUGUGCUGACUGGCACCAAAGACACAGUGUCCACUGGGGUGAUGGGGGCAGUGAAUUUGGCUAAAGGAACCAUCCAGACUGGCCUGGACACCACCCAGACUGUGCUUACAGGUACCAAGGACACUGUCUGCAGUGGGGUGACCGGUGCCAUGAAUGUGGCCAAAGGAGCCGUCCAGGGUGGCCUGGACACCACCAAGUCUGUGGUCACGGGUAUGAAAGACGCAGCGUCCACUGGGCUCACUGGGGCAGUGAAUGUGGCCAAAGGGACUGUCCAGACAGGUGUGGACACCACCAAAGCUAUCCUAACUGGUAGCAAGAACACCCUUGGCAGUGGGGUGACCGGUGCCGUGAAUGUGGCCAAAGGGGCCGUCCAGGGGGGCCUGGACACCACCAAGACCGCGCUGACCAGCACCAAAGAUGCAGUGUCUGCUGGGGUCACUGGGGCAGGCCAUGUCGCCACAGGGGCUGUCCACACUGGUCUCAGCACCAUCCGGAACUGGUUACCUGGUACCCAGGACACCGUGUGGGGUGAGCGUUCCAGUUGCAAGACCGCAGACAACGGAGGGGAACACUCCACCCUGAGCCCCCGAGAGGCCCUGACCGUGGGGGUCUCCAGCCCUCCAGCCUCGCCCUGUGCAGGCCUGGAGCUUGCCCAGGAAGCCACAGCCGCCACCAAAGGCCUUGCGUGUGAUGUGGCCACAUUCUCCCAAGAAGCCGCCCCGGGCACGGGGGAUGUGGGGCACCUGGCAGCCACAUGCGGCCCCAAAGGAACCAUGGGCUUUGCGGCACUGCGGGACGAGUUGGAGGGGAUAGGGGAGAUCUUCCACCCCAUGAGCGCCACGGAGCAAGCUGAGCUGGCUGCCUCUGGGCCCGGACCGAAGGUGCUCUCGGCUGACCAGGGAAGCUACUUCGUCCGCUUAGGCGACCUGACCCCAGGCUUCCGCCAGCGGGCCUUUGAACAUGCCGUGAGCCACCUGCAGCACAGCCAGUUCCAAGCCAGGGAUGCCCUGGCGCAGCUGGAGGACUGCUGCAGCAUGAUUGAAGAGGCCAAACAGGCUCCUGAGGGGCAGCCCCUGCAUCUGGACCGAGGCCCGAACGCCAGCAUGGAGGACACUGGUAUCCAGGAGGAGCAGGAUGCUGGGGCUCUGUCCAGGGUCUGCGGCCUCGCCCGGCAGCUGCACACGGCCUACAGCAGCCUGGCCUCUGGCCUCCAGGGCCUGCCCGCGGAGCUCCAGCAGCAGGUCGGGCGGGCGAGGCACAGCCUCUGCGAGCUCUACGGCAUGGUGUCCUCCGCUGGCUGUGUGGAGGAGCUGCCGGCAGAGCGCCUGGCCCAGAGCCGUGAGGGCGUGCGCCAGGCGUGGCAGGGGCUGGAAGCGCUGCUGGAGGACGUGCAGCACAGCCCCCCGCUUGGCUGGCUGGUGGGUCCCUUUGCCUCGGCCCCGGCUGGGCAGCAGCUGUAGGUCCUGCAGACCAGGACACAGGGGCCUCCCUGCCCAGCCCAAGCAGCCUCCUCUGAACCUCCCCCACCGCCCCUCGGCCCCAGCCCCAGCCCCAGCUUGGCUCCCCAAAGCCCUGGACCCCAGGGGCUGGAGCGGACCCAGUGCUGAGGCCAUGGAGGCAGUGACCUGAGUCUAGCCGCGCCAUGACCCUCGCUCUAGGCCUGCCUGUACCUGCCGCCUCUCCCCAAGCCCUGCUGCCCCUCUCCUGCCCUAGGAGCCCCAGGUCGCUAAGACCACAGGCCAAUGACCUACCCUCAAACUCGGAGUGACCACUGCGAUUAGGAAGGUGACGCAGAAACCUGCCAGCCUAGCAGUUCCUCCACGCCCCCCACUAGGAACACUUUCAUCUUUAGGGAGGCUCUCCGGGCCCCACAGUCUGGUCCCGUAGCUGCCAGCCUAAACAGGUGGUGCUGCUCCGUCCUCGCUCUGAAUUCAUGUCCCCUGGCCCUAACCAACACUCUGGGGGUCUGGAGGACCAAGUUCCCUCGUACCAGGAUGCACGAGAAAAUGCCACCUUCAUCCCCAGCAGACUCCUGCUGCCUCUGCCAAGCCCUGGUGUGGCCAAGAGAAGGGUUUUCACGGGGACAGAGCUGCCAGGAGCCUUUGCAAUGGCUUGGCUCAAGGACUGCACAACUUGGAGAGGUGGGGAGUGGUGACCAAACUAGCUGCUUCCAGCUUCCAGCCACUUACCACGGGGCCACGACUGGUGCACACACCCGAGGCUCUGUGGCCCCUCAGGAGGCUGGGCCCAGAGGCUGCCACUAAAGAACGUGAACAAAGAGCUUCCCUGCAGGGCACGGAGCGCACGGGGUAUCUGACAAGACCUGCCGCACGUGCUAUGUGCACUCAAAGCUGGAGCCCAGAGCUGGCUCAGCCGAGGAAGCCCAGUGUGCCUGGGGCAGCCCUCUCCUCCCCUGCACCCUCUCCCUGGGUCCUUGGGGCGCCCCAAGACAGGGGCGGCUGCAGGAGGACGCUGGGUCUGAGAGGUUGGGAGGCUGUGGCCUUCAGACACGGCGGGCAGUGAACCCACCGGCUGUACAUGAUCCCAUCCCCGUCCUGCUGCCCUGUGUGCCACGGAGAUGACAGCUCAGGAUGUCAGUGUACGAGACGCUCCAUCACCGGCCACAUGGCAGCCAUCUCUGUGCGGCCCCCGCCUUCCCAGGAACCUGUACCGCUGCUGACAACCCCUAACCUGGCUGUCUCCUGCAGGCUCCCCCUUCUCAGAAAGUGACCCUGGUGCUCCCAGCUCCUUGGAGGUGCAGGAUGGGCCAGCUCAGCCCAGAGAGGGCACCGUGGGCGCCAGGGUCUAUGAGGGGCCAGGCGGUGUGACAGCUGAGCUCUGAGCUGGGGAAGCUGGCACCUCGGGGACAGCCCCAGGUGACGGGCCAUGACAAGGGAUGGGGCAGGAAACCUUCCUGAGCCGCCUCCUCAGUCUGUCACACACAGUCACCAGAGACCACAACACUAGACACACUGUCAUUUAAAGACAACAGGCCUGAUAGCUUGGGCUCAUGUCCCUCCAUGCCACCCACAGGGCAGGGCUCAGGACACCCCUUCCCACACCAUGGCCUGACUCCUGGCUGGGCUGGAGGGAACUUGGCCAUCCUGGGCUGGGGGCCUUGAAUGCGCAACUACUGUGUGCUGGGCGCCUCGCUAGGAGCCAUGCCCACCUCCCCCGCGUGAACCCACACAACAGUCCUGUGAGUUGGGGUCAACCCCCUCACACAGACAAGGAAAGAGAAGCCCAGGAUGGGAGGGUCCCCUGCCCAAGGGAUACAGUGAGCUGACACGCAGCCGGAUGAGUCGAGGCCUCUCUCACGGUCCCUGAACAUUGAAGACAAUGGAUAACUCACAACAUCCCUGGCCUGAAUGCCCUGCUCUGAGCCUGCCUGGGUGCCCAGAGCCACCGGCAGCCUGGGCGGGAAGGAUAACAGCCGAGUCAGGGAGGGACUCAGGGACUUUGGGGGCUUCGAGGGAAGGCACAGUCCCCACCCUCCUGGCCCAGCUGCACCUCUGUCCUCUCCAGCAUCUGUUCCUGCUCGCCCUGUGGGGCACUGCCACACGUGGGAAAGGUCAAACCAUGGGCUCUGGUUGAGCUGUGAAGUCUAGACAUUUUUAUUUCUCCCUCAUUCCCUCUAGAAAAGACUCGCUCCUGCCCCCUCUCCUUUCACAAUCUGCCCUGUGGGGUUGAGCUGGGCCUGGAGCUCAUGGUGGCCCAAAGGCUGAACCCUUUGUCCCCAAACGGGCCCUGUGACAGCUGCAAAUGGCUCCCAGCUCCAGCCCCAGCUGCACUGGCAAUGCUAGAAAACCAAGCCAAUAAAAGUGAUUUCUUUUUUCAUUAAAAAACCCUUUAUAGUCA